AUGAUUAAACAACAGCAACUUAAGGCGCAAAGCGCCCAGGUCCUUCAGACCAUUACAUACGCCAUAUAUGCAUAUAAUUCAAAGACGGCAGAACAAACGCAAAGGUUGAAAUAUGGAGAUUUGGAGAUAGUAUUGAAAAAUGACCAUUUCGAAUUCGUUUGCAAAGGUGGUGCAGUGAUAUCAAAUAUAAAAGAAAUUUUAUUUAUGAAUUCAAAAAUUAAAGGAAUAACGGAUGAUAUAACAUCAAUUCCACCAGAAGAACAGAGAUAUUACGCAUUAAAUGCAUUUCCUAAAGUUUUGAAGAUUGGAAGAUUUAAUUUAAAUGAGGAAUUCAUAGAAGGUUUCCUAAAUGACAUAAUGAAGAAGGUGGAUAAGGAAUAUGUGGAUAGUGAGUUAGAGAAGAAAGCAGAUAAGGAAAAAGUUAAUACUGAAUUAAAUAAGAAGGCAAAUUUAGUUUAUGUUGAUGAAAAAGAUAAUGAAAUUAAAGAAAAGGUUGAAUGGUAUCAUGAAUGGACAUUGGAGACUUUUAAAGUUAAAGCUGAUACAGAAUGA